AUGGAAGGCCAAGUCGAACAGGUCCCCUCUGCCCCUGCGGAGCAGAAGCAGCAGCCCGCGAAGGGAGGCAACAAGAAGGAGAAGAAGGCCCCAGCCCCCAAGGUCGAAGAGCCCGAAUGGAUCAAGCAUCGCAUUGCCAUUUGGGAUGAAUUGAAGAAGCAGAGCGCGCAAGAAGAGGGAAAGCCCAUCAAGAUUACUCUUCCCGACGCCCGCAUCGUCGACGCCGUGGCCGGCAAGACCACGCCCCUUGACAUCGCCGCCAGCAUCUCGAAGAAGCUGCGCGAUGAGACCGUCGCCGCCAAGGUCAACGGCCAGCUGGUCGAUGCCUGGCGCCCGCUGGAGCAGGACGGAACCCUCGAGCUUCUCAACGUCGAUAGCGAGGAGGGCCGACACGUCUUCUGGCAUUCGAGUGCCCACAUUCUUGGUCAGGCCCUCGAGCGCAAGUACGGCAUCAAGCUGUGCGUGGGUCCGCCCGCCAAGGAAGGCGACAAGUACCACUUCUUCUACGAGGGCCGCAUGCCCGACGACGAGCUCAAGGUCUCGAAGGACGAUUUCAAGGAGCUCAACCGAAUCAUCGCGCAGAUCAUCCGCGAGAAGCAGCAGUUUGAUCGGCUCACGGUGCCCAAGGAGACUGCCCUGGAGCUGUUCAAGCACAACCCCUACAAGUCGCAGAUGCUGAGGGACAAGGUGCCCGAGGGCGGCAGCUGCACCGUCUACCGCUGCGGCAACCUCAUCGACCCGUGCCGAGGCCCCCACGUGCCCAACACCGGCUUCGUGAAGCUGCUCGAGGUCAUGGACAACUCGUCCUCCUACUGGCAAGCCAACAAGGACAACGACAGCCUCCAGCGCGUGUACGGUAUCGCCUUCCGCAACAAGGAGGACCUCGAUCGCUACAAGAACGACCUCAUCGAGGCCGAGAAGCGCAACCACCAGAACCUGGGCAAGGCGCAGGAGCUCUUCUUCUUCCACCCGCUCAGCCCCGGCUCGUGCUUCUGGCUGCCCCACGGCGCUCGCGUGUACAACCGCCUCAUCGAUUUCAUCCGCAGCGAGUACCGCAAGCGCGGCUUCGAGGAGGUCAUCACGCCCAACGUCUACAACGCCGACCUCUGGCUCACCUCCGGCCACUGGCAAAACUACAAGGACAACAUGUUCGCCUUCGAGUGCGAGGGUCGCCAGUUCGCCAUGAAGCCCAUGAACUGCCCGGGCCACUGCCUCAUGUUCAAGCACAGGACCAGGUCCUACCGCGAGCUGCCCCUCCGCUUCGCCGACUUUGGUGUCCUCCACCGUAACGAGCUCUCCGGUGCCCUCACGGGUCUCACCCGUGUGCGCAGGUUCCAGCAGGACGAUGCCCACAUCUUCUGCGCGGCCAACCAGAUCGAACAGGAGGUGUUCUCGUGCCUCGAGUUCCUGCAGCACGUGUACGGCAUCUUCGGCUUCGAGUUCUCGCUCGAGCUGUCCACGCGCCCGGACAACUUCCUCGGCGAGAUCACCACCUGGGACAACGCCGAGAACCAGCUCAAGAUCGUGCUCGACAAGUUCGGCAGGCCCUGGAAGCUCAACCCCGGCGAUGGUGCCUUCUACGGCCCCAAGAUCGACAUCAAGAUCCAGGACGCCCUCAGGAGGAAGCACCAGUGCGCCACCAUCCAGCUGGACUUCCAGCUCCCGAUCCGCUUCGAGCUGGACUUCAUGUCCGGUGAGAAGGAGGGAGAGCUCACCCGCCCCGUGAUCAUCCACCGCGCCAUCCUCGGCUCCGUGGAGAGGAUGAUGGCCAUCCUGCUCGAGCACACCGCCGGCAAGUGGCCCUUCUGGCUGUCGCCCCGACAGGUGGUUGUGAUCCCCGUCGUGAGCGAUGCGGCCCAGAACGAGUAUGUGGAGAAGGUGAGGCAGCGCCUGCACGAUGCCGGCUUCUACGUGGACAGCGACCUGUCGGACAAGAAGCUCGACAAGAAGAUCCGCGAGUCGCAGCUGGCGCAGUACAACUACAUCCUCGUGUGCGGCAAGGAGGAGAUCGAGACCGAGACUGUCAACGUGAGGACGAGAGACAACGUCAGGCACGGUACCAUCCCGCUCAACGACCUCAUCGAGAAGCUCAACGCCCACGUCGCCAAGCACGAGUAA